AUGGCGACUGCAAUGGUGAUGCAACCUCUUUGCCAGCAGUCCAACAGGCUCACCGUCCAAGUCGAUCGACGUCACGAAGGCAUGUCACGCAAAGCAUGGAUGAGGGAGAUGAUCUCUCCUCGUUCUGCUGCGCCUCCCAGUCCGGUCUCGCCCUCGAGCGAUAGUCAGUCUCUGCCGAGCGAGAAGUCUGCCUCGGAGCCCAUCGUGCGCCCCAUCGUCCUCAUUCAGCCUGCUCCCGUACCGAAGAGGAAGAUCGAACCCUCGAGAGCGUACCAUAUCGACAUGGCUCGAACGCCAAGCUUGACGAGCUCGCCUACGCUAGCAGAGAUACCGGACAAGCCCCCCAUCAGUCCCGGCUGGUGGGAAAAGGGAUCAGUGUCGCCGUUUGGGAACGCUCUGACGGAUAGGAGGAAGACGAUCGAUCUGCUCAAGUUUGACAUGAGAGCUCUGCAAGGAUCGCUAGCUUUGCCGCCGGGAGGGGAGCUACAAGAGACCGAUGUCUGGACAAAGAUGCUCACGCUCGCUCUGGUCUGCUUGACCUGCACGCUCGUCUACUUGCGCUUUGAUCCUUGA